AGGAGAGCGUUGGGAUGCAGACCCCAAAUUCUCUUAAAAAGACCAGACUUAAUGGUCUGACUGAGACUAGAAGGACCCUGGUGGUCAUGGCCCCCAGACCUUCUGUUGGCCCAGGACAGGAACCAUUCCCAAAGCCAACUCUUCAGGCCGAUUGGACUGGACAAUGGGUUGGGGAAGGAUGCUGGUGAGGAGUGAGCUUCUUGGAUCAGGUGGACACUUGAGACUAUGUUGGCAUCUCCUCCCUGGAGGGGAGAUGAAAGGGUAGAGGGGGUUAGAAGCCAGUGAAAUGGACACGAAAAGAGAGAGUGGAGGGAGGUAGCGGGCUGUCUCAUUAGGGGGAGAGCAAUUGGGAGUAUGUAGCAAGGUGUAUAUAAGUUUUUGUGUGAGAGACUGACUUGAUUUGUAAACUUUCACUUAAAGCACAAUAAAAAUUUUUAAAAAAUGUAGAGAACUUUUUCUUCAGACAUUUCCCAGAUUCUUCUUAUGGUCUUUACAUUUUUAAAUAUUAUAUCAGUGAAUCACGUACUGAUUUCAUUAUUGUAGAUAACCCAGUUAAAUAUUACCUCAGCUGUUCUUUAUAAAGUAAGGUUUCCACAUGCCUUUUAGCAGUUCCUUGAAAAUGAAGCUGCCUUGGAAUUUAGUCUUCAUCGUGCUCUUAAGUUCUUCAUGCUGGGGGUUUGACUGGGAGUGUGAUAGAAAUUUCAUUUCAGCUGCUGGUCCUCUAACCAAUGACUUGCUGCACAACCUGAACAGCCAACUGGGAAACCAGGGCUAUGAUGUUGCUGCAGGUGACAAGGACAUUUAUGUUUGUCACCAGUCACUGCCUGCUUUCCUGCCAGAGUACUUUAGCAGUAUUCAUGCCAGUCAGGUUACCCAUUAUAAAGUAUUUCUGCCAUGGGCACAGCUUCUUCCAACAGGAAGCUCCAAGAAUCCAGACGAGAAAAUAGUGCAGUGCUACCGGAGACUCCUAGAGGCCCUGAAGACCGCACAGCUUCAGCCCAUUGUCAUCCUGCACAACCAGACACUACCCGCCAGCAUUGUCCAGGGAAGCCAAGCCUUUGCUGACCUCUUUGCUGACUAUGCCGCAUUCGCCUUCCACUCAUUUGGGGACCUAGUUGGGAUCUGGUUCACUUUUAGUGACCUGAACAAGGCAAUAACGGAACUUCCCUAUCAGGAAUCAAAAGCUUCACGUCUCCAGACUCUCACAGAUGCGCACAGAAAAGCCUGUGAGAUUUACCACCAAACGUUUGCUUCUCAGGGUGGAAAGCUUUCUGUAGUUCUUCCAGCUGAAGAGAUCGCUGAGCUCCUGCUAGAACCAUCCAUGACUGCGCUUGCCAAGGACUUGGUCAGUUUCCUCUCUCUUGAUUUGUCCCUUGCAUGCCAAAGUGAGGUGAAUUUAUCACAGGAGCUGAGUAAAUUUCAGGCCAUUGAGCCCAAAGUGAAAGUUUUCAUCUUCAACCUAAAACUCCAGGACUGCCCCUCCUCCAGGACCGCCAGGCUGCUCUUCAGCCUGAUAGAAGCCAUGAAUAAAGACCAAGUGCUCAUCAUUGGAUUUGAUAUUAAUGCAUUCCUGAACUGUACAGCAAGCAGCAGGUCUUGUUCUUUGAUUAACGACCUGACCCUUCAGGCUGACCAGCAACAGGACUGCAAGACAGCCGUUGGCUCCUCUUCUCCUGUCUCUGCCUACCAGAGGGUCUGGGAAAUGUUUGCGAACCAGUCCAGAGCAGAGAGGGACGCUUUCCUGUGGGACGUUUUUCCUGAAGGCUUUCUCUGGGGAGUUUCCACAGGAGCCUUUAAUGUGGAAGGAGGCUGGGCUGAAGACGGAAGGGGUCCAAGCGUCUGGGACCGACAUGGAAACCAGAAAGCCACUGAGGGCCAAGCAACACCGGAGGUGGCCAGUGACAGUUACCACAAGGUGGAAUCUGAUGUGGCCCUGCUUCGUGGCUUCCGGGCUCAAGUCUACAAGUUUUCCAUCUCCUGGUCCCGGAUCUUCCCCACUGGGCACAGUAGCAGCCCCAGCCCCCAAGGUGUCGCCUACUACAGCAAGCUGAUCGACAGCCUGCUGGACUCUCACAUUGAACCCAUGGUGACCCUGUUCCACUGGGACCUGCCCCAGGCCCUGCAGGAUGGUGGCGGGUGGCAGAACGAGAGUGUGGUGGAUGCCUUCCUGGACUAUGCGGCCUUCUGCUUCUCUACUUUUGGAGACCGUGUGAAGCUGUGGGUGACCUUUCAUGAGCCAUGGGUUAUGAGCUAUGCAGGUUAUGGCACCGGCCAACAUGCACCAGGCAUCUCUGACCCAGGAGUGGCCUCUUUUAAGGUAGCUCACUUGGUCCUCAAGGCUCAUGCCAGAGCUUGGCACCACUACAACAGCCAUCAUCGCCUGCAGCAGCAGGGGCAUGUGGGCAUUGUGCUGAACUCAGACUGGGCAGAACCCUUGUCCCCAGAGAGGCCCGAGGACCUAAGGGCUUCUGAGCAUUUCUUGCACUUCAUGCUGGGCUGGUUUGCACACCCCAUCUUUGUGGAUGGUGACUACCCAGCUGCCCUGAGAGCCCAGAUCCAACAAAGGAACAAACAGUGCCCCCAGCCUGUGGCCCAGCUCCCUGAGUUCACUGAGGCAGAAAAGCAGUUGCUGAAAGGAUCAGCUGACUUUCUGGGUCUGUCCCAUUACACCUCCCGCCUCAUCAGUCGUGCCCAGCAAAACACCUGCAUUCCCAGCUAUGAUGCCAUCGGAGGCUUCUCCCAACAUGUGGACCCUGCGUGGCCUCGGACCUCAUCCCCUUGGAUUCGUGUGGUUCCCUGGGGUAUAAGGAGGCUGUUGAAGUUUGUAUCCUUGGAAUACACAAGAGGAAAUGUUCCAAUCUACCUGGCUGGGAAUGGCAUGCCCAUAGACGGAUGUAAAAAUCUCUUUAAUGACUCCUUGAGAGUAGACUACUUUAAUCAGUAUAUCAAUGAGGUACUCAAAGCUGUCAAGGAGGACUCUGUGGAUGUUCGUUCUUACAUUGUUCGUUCCUUCAUUGAUGGCUUUGAAGGCCCCUCUGGCUACAGUCAGAAGUUUGGGCUGCACUAUGUCAACUUUAACGACAGCAGCAAGCCAAGGACUCCCAGGAGAUCUGCCUACUUUUUCACCAGCAUCAUUGAAAAGAAUGGUUUCCUCACUAAGGUAGCAAACUGGCUGCCACCACCUAUUACGCCAAAUGUCCCCCCUAAAAUUAGGGCCUUCGCUUUUCCAUCUGAGGUACCCUCCAAGGCUAAAGUAGUUUGGGAAAAGUUCUCAAACCAACCCAAGUUCGAAAGAGAUUUGUUCUACCAUGGCACAUUUCGGGAUGACUUUCUGUGGGGCGUGUCCUCUUCAGCAUAUCAGAUUGAAGGAGGUUGGAAUGCCGAUGGCAAAGGCCCCAGCAUUUGGGAUAACUUUACGCACACACCAGGGAAUAAUGUGAAAGACAACAGCACUGGAGACAUAGCUUGUGACAGCUAUAACCAAUUGGAUGCCGAUCUGAAUAUACUCCGAGCUUUGAAGGUGAAGGCCUAUCGCUUUUCUCUCUCCUGGUCUCGAAUUUUCCCAACUGGGAGAAACAGUUCUAUCAACAGUUACGGUGUGGAUUAUUACAACAAGUUGAUCAAUGGCUUGGUGGCAAGUAACAUCUCUCCCAUGGUGACCCUAUUCCACUGGGACCUGCCACAAGCCCUCCAGGAUAUUGGAGGCUGGGAUAAUCCUUCCUUGAUUGAGUUGUUUGACAGCUAUGCGGACUUUUGUUUCCAGACCUUUGGUGACAGAGUCAAGUUCUGGAUGACCUUUAAUGAGCCCAUGUACCAGGCAUGGUUGGGUUAUGGCUCAGGGGAAUUUCCUCCAAUGAUGAAGGACCCAGGAUGGGCACCUUAUAGGGUUGGCCAUGCUGUCAUCAAAGCUCAUGCCAGAGUCUAUCACACAUAUGAUGAGAAGUAUAGGCAGAAACAGAAGGGAGUGAUUUCACUGAGCCUCAGUACACACUGGGCAGAGCCCAAGUCGCCAGGAGUCCCACGAGACGUGGAAGCAGCUGACCGAAUGCUCCAGUUUUCCAUCGGCUGGUUUGCCCACCCCAUCUUCAGAAAUGGAGACUAUCCUGAUGCCAUGAAGUGGACAGUGGGGAACAGGAGUGAACUACAACACUUGGCCACCUCCCGCCUGCCAAGCUUCACUGAGGAAGAGAAGAGGUAUAUUAGGGCCACGGCCGACGUCUUCUGCCUCAACACCUACUACUCCAGGAUCGUGCAGCACAAAACACCCGCGCUAAACCCACCUUCCUAUGAAGAUGACCAGGAGAUAGUCGAGGAGGAGGACCCUUCAUGGCCUUCCACGGCCAUGAACAGAGCUGUGCCCUGGGGCAUGCGUAGACUGCUGAACUGGAUCAAAGAAGAGUAUGGUGACAUCCCAAUUUACGUUACUGAAAAUGGAGUGGGGCUGGCAAAUCCAGAAUUGGAGGACACUGAUAGGAUAUUUUAUCAUAAAACCUAUAUCAAUGAAGCUUUGAAAGCCUACAGGCUUGAUGGUGUAGAUCUUCGAGGAUAUGUGGCAUGGUCUCUGAUGGACAACUUUGAAUGGCUAAAUGGCUACACAGUCAAGUUUGGACUGUACCAUGUUGAUUUCAACGACCCGAACAGGCCUCGAACAGCAAGAACCUCCGCUACAUACUACACAGAGGUCAUUACCAACAACGGCAUGCCGCUGCCCAGGGAAGACGAGUUUUUGUAUGGACGGUUUCCCGAUGGCUUCAUCUGGAGUGCAGCUUCUGCUGCAUAUCAGAUUGAAGGUGCGUGGAGAGAGGAUGGCAAGGGACUCAGCAUCUGGGAUACAUUUUCCCACACACCUCUGAAAGUGGAGAAUGAUGACACUGGAGACAUGGCCUGUGACAGUUAUCACAAGAUUGCCGAGGAUCUGGCAGCCCUGCGGAACCUGGGCGUGUCUCACUACCGCUUUUCCGUCUCCUGGUCCCGCGUCCUCCCGGAUGGAACCACCAGGUACAUCAACGAGGCCGGCCUGGACUAUUACCUGCGGCUCAUUGACGCACUGCUGGCUGCCGACAUCAAGCCCCAGGUGACCAUUUACCACUGGGACCUGCCGCAGGCGCUGCAGGAUGUUGGCGGCUGGGAGAAUGAGACCAUUGUCCAGCGGUUUAAAGAGUACGCAGAUGUGCUCUUCCAGAGGCUGGGAGACAAGGUGAAGUUUUGGAUCACACUGAAUGAACCCUUUAUCAUUGCUAACCAGGGCUAUGGCUACGGGACAGCAGCUCCAGGAAUCUCCUUAAGGCCUGGCACUGCCCCCUAUGUUGUUGGCCACAACCUUAUAAAGGCGCAUGCUGAAGCCUGGCAUCUGUAUAAUGACGUGUACCGUACCACUCAAGGUGGCAUCAUUUCCAUCACCAUCAACAGCGACUGGGCUGAGCCUAGAAACCCCUCCAACCAGGAGGAUGUGGAGGCAGCCAAGAGAUUCCUUCAGUUUACAGCAGGCUGGUUUGCACAUCCUAUCUUCAAGAACGGAGAUUACAAUGAGGUGAUGAAGACCCGGAUCCUCGACAGGAGCUUGGCCGCAGGCCUCAGCAAGUCUCGGCUCCCCGAGUUUACUGAGAGUGAGAAGAGGAGGAUCAACGGCACCUAUGACUUUUUCGGGUUCAAUCACUACACCACUGUCCUGGCCUACAACCUCAACUCUGAUUCUUCGAUCUCCUAUGAUGCAGACAGGGGAGUUGCUUCCAUUACAGAUCGAUCUUGGCCAGUCUCUGGCUCCUCCUGGUUAAAGAUGACACCUUUUGGCUUCAGGAGAAUCCUGAACUGGAUAAAGGAGGAGUUCAACAACCCGCCAAUUUAUAUAACAGAGAAUGGAGUGUCCCAGCAGGGAGAAGUAAACCUCAACGACACUGAGAGGGUCUACUAUCUCCGCAGUUAUAUCAAUGAGGCACUCAAAGCUGUGCAGGACAAGGUGGACAUUCGAGGAUACACAGCCUGGAGUGUGAUGGACAACUUCGAGUGGGCCGCAGGCUUUGCUGAGAGGUUUGGGCUACACUUUGUGAACUACACUGACCCUUCUCUGCCAAGGAUCCCCAAAGAGUCGGCCAAGUUCUACGCCUCCGUAGUCCGGUGCAAUGGCUUCCUUGACCCUGCUGCAGGGCCUCACCCUUGUCUCCAGUGGGAAGAUGCCGUUCCCACCGUCAGCCCCAUGAGAAAGGAGGGAGUUUCGUUCCUGGGGCUAACACUAGGUCCAGCAGAAGCACAAACAGCUUUAUACACACUCUUUUCUCUCGUGCUUCUUGGAGUCUGUAUUGUGGCAUUUCUUUCAUACAAAUGCUGUAAGCGUUCUAAGCAAAAGGAAACACAGCCAGGCCAACAGGAAUUGAGUGCUUGCUCUUCAUUCUGA